UUUAUUGUAUACAUAACAAUAGAUGAUAUAAAGGCUGUUUCAUACCAGUGACUGUUGAAAUUUUUAAGUGCUUCACGUAAGUUUUUUAUUAUUAUUAUUUUGUUACCUAUCUUAAUAUGUAAGACAAAAGCAGACAAUAAUUUGAAAUGGUUAUAGAACACUGGACAGAAUUUAAUGAUUUGUCACACAAGUUUAUUCAAUGCURUUUUUCCACAGUCAGCUGAGCAGGCAGGGAUUCAAGCUGAAAGCAUGCCAGGUGCAGGGAGCAGCACAGGUGUAUCUAGGGCUACAGCAGGUCCAACCCUACAGARCAGUUCAGCUUUAAAUACAGUUAAUCCUGGCUUGCACAGGAGCUCAAUCAUAGUCGAAGCUGCAGCAGAUACAGCCACACAGAACAGUCCAAGUCUAGGCACAGUUCCAGCUGAAGAGACAGCACAGAGGAGUUCAACUUCAGGGAGCUGCGAACUUCCAGCCAUGUCAGUCAGUCAAACUCCAAAUCAGAUAAAGUGUGCAUUGUGUAGUGAAGACAUCAAUGUGGAACUUUUUUCUGAACAUUUGUCUGACUUUCAUGCAGAGCAAUGUUGUGAACAUUGUGGGAAAAAGGUCAAGGGUGCAGUGGGGUUACUUCAUCACAUUGAAGAAGGCCAUGAUCCACUACACCAAACGUCACCAUCUUUGCCAGUCCAAUCUCUAGCUUUCAACCCGCAACAUGGGAUACCAACAACUUCACCCCGGAAACCAGCACCACUUCCCCAGAAACCAGCACCACCUCCCCGGAAACCAGCAACACCUAACCGGAAACCAGCACCUGAGCCACAACAGUGUGUUGCACCUGUGCAACACCCCCAGCCAACUCCUUCAGUUGCUUCUUCACCUAUUCCCCACCUUAGGCCUCCACAGGUGAAUUGGGUCACCUUUCUUCCAAAGCAGUUUGUACGAGUCAUCAAGCCAGCAGACCAGGAGUGGGUUGCACAAUGCCUUUACCACCCUACUGGACAGCUUAAGCAACAAUUCUCCCAAAACUGGUUUUAUCCACCCAGUCUACCAAAGAUUAUUACUGCACCUCCAGAUCCAACAACCUACUUCAGGCAGAGGAUGUUUUUAUGGGCACCGAUGCGGAUGUGGGGAAUUCCUUUAAAAUGUCAUCAGUGCAACAGAAAAAUGCAUCACUCUGGAAUAUACACAAAAAUCAGAGAAGUUAUAGACCUGGAUACAAGGUAUUAUUUGAUUGGGGGAGACUAUCCAAGAUGCAGUAAAUGCAUGAUACCCGUCUGUCCAUGGAGCACUGAGGUGCUAAAUCAGUUAGAUCCUGCCCAUAGAAACAAGUUUCCAGCCAUUCUCACCACACAAUUGGCUCUGGACAAAAGGUGUGUGACUCUCCUGAAGCCACGGACUGUUGGAAACAGCUCCAGUUAUGUACAGCAAGCACUGGAAGAGUUGCACAGUGAGGAAUGGGCAAAACGCACCAUCGAAUAUCUCUCUGACUGUGAGCUUCACAAGAAGAAGAGCGCCCUAACUCAGAGCCAUGAAGUGGUCUACAAGAAUCCACCAGAGUUUAUUCCCCUUCCUCUUGCACAGUGGUUUGAGACUGUGCAUGCAAAUGAAAUACUCAGCCACUUGUCCGAGAUGAAGGGUGUCAUAACGUCGACAUAUGGAAGGAUUCUAAAGCUCGACUCAACCAAAAAGAUAACCAAGAAACUCGCUGGUGGAAUUUCUGAGACCGCAACCUGGAUGACCAACAUCACCAACGAGUAUGGGCAGGUUCUGAACUGUGUGCUGACCACAGGUGAAGGAGCAGGGUUGGAGGAACUGUGCCAGGGGAUUGUGAAGCGCUUCCAGAAUGCUAGGGAACCCGAGCCACAUAUCCUUUAUGUCGACAGAGACUGCUGUAGUGAAUCAGGUGUGCCUCCAUUGCUUGAGUUGUUUCGGCCAUGGAACACUAAUGUGAGGCUUGACAUCUUUCACUACAUGAGAAGAUUCACAACCGGUCUCACAACAGAACAUCAUCCUCUUUAUGGAACUUUCUGCUCCAAGUUGUACUGCUGCAUUUUUGAAUGGGAUCAAGAUGAUGUCAACUGCCUUAAAGAAGCAAAGAGGUCAGAGCUGAAGAAAAAAUAUGCUGGUCAUCCUCCCACAGACGCCCAAGUUUUGGCCAACAUUAGCUCCAGUGAGCUUGCUAAACAUUGCAGAAGAAGGACAAGAGGGGUAGAAGAAACCCGGAACCUCAUCCAGGAAUUAUUAGACUCCAUGUGGGAACUGACUGACACCUGAGGUCUCCGCCUGAUCAACCCUGAGAGCAUGUCUCAUGUGUGGCAAGUGCAGCAGAAGCAUCUGCCAUGCAUCCAAGAUCCACCUGGUGUUGAAUUGUACACCAAGCUUCGCUCAACACAAAAGGGAGACAAAGAAGUUCCAACCUUCAGAUGUGGCAGGGGCUCGUCUUCAUUUGAAAGCUUUCAUCGACACCAGUGCUCCUUCAUACCAGGAUGGAGAAGCAAUGCCAUGCAUACUCAAAUGUAUAUGCUUGAGGGUGGAUCCAGAUGGAACAUGAAAAGAGCCCAAGAAGCUUUGGAUACGAGUCACAGAUCACACACCAAACUCUAUGACGUUCGUCUGAUGUCCAAUCUCAACACUCUGAGCAGCAAAGUGCUGGGUCAUGCCCUCUUGCCAGAGUUUGUUCCCCCAGGCUGUCCCACAGGUGAGCGGAUUGCUGUGGAGUAUCUUCUUGCUCAGUCAGACAGAGGAGACCUCUUGGGUCCCCAACAGGACAGCGAACUGGGAGUUAUUUUGCCAGAGAUGCAAGCUCAUGUUCAGGAGGAGGACAGUCCUGAUGUCACCAUCAGUGAUGUCACUGACAUUCUCUCAGAGAGCUCCCAGGACAUGCUAGUGUGAAAGCCAGUUGGAAAUGCCAUCCCCUGACAUUCUUUUUCCCCAGGCAGAGUCUUCUCCCAUGUCAUCUCAGGAAACCAGUAUCGACUCAAGCCCUACCUCUCCCACUCAUGCUGCUGUUCCUGUCAGAGGUCAGCUUACUGAUGACCUCUCCUUUAGUGGACCUAAUAGCGGUUCAUCCCAGGAGACCCGGUGUGACUACAGAGGUUUUCCUGGAUGGGAGGCAGUUGACAGCUUGGCAGAGUACCUUUUGAGCCUCAACAGAACAAUAACUGCAUUGUCAACAACAGAGGUAGAAAAUGUCUUGCAGCUGUAUUCUAACCUGCAWGCUAUGGACAAGCAGCCCCCCAAAUACACCUUAAAAAACAAGAAGAGCACAUUACCAGGACCAUGGAGGGCUUCCCGGAAACGAAGUGGCUCUGCACCUGGUCAGCAAGCAGCUGAAAGGUAACCUGUCUGAUAUUUGACACAAUGAAUAACUUGUUUGCAUA